AUUGUGUGAAUUACCAAAUUUUUAGGACGCCAAAAAAAUUUUAGUGGCACCCCUAAUAUAAAAUUGCUGGCUCCGCCACUGCAUGAAUGGAACAUCUUCUAGAAGCUACAUAUAACCCUCUGUUGAUGUUAUUGUUAAUUACAACAAUGCCAUCGUUUCUAUAUAUGUAGUACAUUUGCACGUGUAUAAAAGUAAAUUAACGAGUUGCAUGCACAGCCACAACAGCACCAAUGUCUAUGGCUUCUUUGAUCAAAACCCCUUUCUUGUUUUUCUAUCGCAUUCUCUUUAGAAAACAUAGAGGUUUCUACAAAAACCAUGCAACGACACCGUUUAGAUAUGAAACCUUUAAUCCUCCUCUUGCAAGCCAGGCUUUGAUGAUCUUCGAUGUGGAAGGAGCUUUGCUAAAAUCUCCAUCCAUGUUCCCAUACUUCAUGCUUGUGGCCUUUGAAGGUGGAAGCUUAUUAAGGGCUCUUCUUCUCCUUCUUUCCUACCCUUUAACAUGUUUGGUUAGUGAAGAAAUGGGGUUGAAGAUUAUGGUCAUGGUUUGCUUCUUUGGGAUCAAGAAAGAGAGCUUUAGAAUUGGAAUAAAUGUUUUGCCGAAGUUCUUCUUGGAGGAAGUUGGAUUGGAGAUGUUUGAGGUGCUCAAGAGAAGUGGUGGGGGAAAAUUAGUAGGUGUGAGUGAGCUUCCUCAAGUGAUGGUUGAGUGCUUUUUAAAGGAUUAUUUAGAGAUUGAUUUUGUGGUCGCGAGAGAGCUGAAGGUGUUCAAUGGGUAUUUUGUGGGACUCAUGGAGGAGAAGAAGGAUAUCAUUCGUUUGGAGGAAAUCCUUGAAGAGGAUAAUAUGAUUGCUAUUGCUGGCUUCACAAAACUUCUUGAUCACCAAUUGCUCUCCCAUUGCAAGGAGAUUUAUUUGGUUGGAGAAGGUGAUAACAGGAGGUGGCAAAAGCUCCCAAGAGAAAAGUACCCAAAACCAUUGAUCUUUCAUGAUGGUAGAUUGGCUUUGGCACCAACCCCAAUGGACGCUCUAGCUCUAUUCAUGUGGAUGCCAUUUGGGUUUGUCCUUGCCAUUUUCAGGAUCCUUGUACACACGCCACUGCUCAUCAAGAUGUCUCAUCCUCUCUAUGCCUUCAGCGGUGUACACCUCACAGUUUCCAUACCCAAAACCAAAAGCUCUUAUUCAAACACCAAGGACGAAGAUAAAUCCAGAGGCCUCCUUUAUGCUUGCAAUCACAGAACACUUCUGGACCCUCAUUUCCUUGCUCUAAUUUUCAACAAAAGUUUUAUUGUGGUCUCGUACAGCUUAAGCAGAAUCUCAGAGAUUGGACAACCCAACAAAAUAGUGCGAUUAACGAGGAAUCGUGAUGAAGAUGCCAGGAUAAUCGACAGCUGUCUUAAUCAGGGGGACAUGGUUGUUUGCCCCGAAGGGACCACAUGCAGGGAACCAUAUCUCUUGCGAUUUAGUCCCUUAUUUGCAGAAUUGAGCGAAAUAAUAGUCCCUGUUGCAGUCAACUCCCAUGUUACUCUGUUUUAUGGUACAACCGCCAGCGGGCUCAAGUUUCUGGACCCGUUCUGCUUCUUCAUGAACCCAGCACCAACGUACAACUUUCAGAUCCUCGAGAAUGUAUCUGCUUCGUCCACUUGUCAUGAUGGGGGGAAAUCAAAGUUUGAUGUGGCAAAUCAAGUGCAAAGUGAGAUUGGGAAGGCUCUGGGGUUUGAGUGCACCAGGCUUACACGAAGAGACAAGUACAUGGUAUUGGCCGGUAACAAUGGGACUGUUUAAUUUACAUUAAACUCUCCCAACUUGCUUACUGUUUUGAGCUAACCGUUAGCCAUUUUUUCUAAAAGUUAACGGUUAAUGCGGUUAGUGCGGUUAAUGAGCAGUUAAUAACCGCCUGCCCAAUGUAUACAUGCGUACGGCCUUUCUAUGUCU